AUGAGUUUAGAUUUAAAUUCUUCAGAAACUCAUGGAAUCGUUGGAUUAAUAGAUCAUUUAAAAUUUCGAAUGUUCUGCUGCAGCAAUGAUCGCCGCUUCAAUUUCUACCGAAACGAGGCCGAGAAAAGGGAAAUAUUGCGGAGGGCACGUACUAUUGACGAAGAAAUUGAAAAUGAAAAAUUGUCGUUUAAAAAGACGUUGAAAAUACUUUUGUUGGGUAUGUUAUACGGUCAGAACUUGGGUUGGGGGGAAAGAUCCGGCCCGGUUCAACGAUCAAGUCGGGCAUCAAAUUACGGCCCGAAAAAGACUCGGUCGGGCCGGCCCGAUGAAAACUGGUGCCGAAAAAUAUGA